CUUCCUCAGGGAGCAUCUGUAGCUCCUGUGAUUUUUGCUAUGGACAAAACCCCACUUACAAGAUUUUCUGCAUCCAAAUCAGCAUAUCCAGUCUAUCUUACACUUAGCAAUAUGCCCAGAACCAUCCAUCACAAAUCCAGUCAGCAUGCCUGUAUUCUAAUAAGGUAUUUAUUGGUAGAUAAGAUCAUAAAGGAGGAACUAUUUGCUAGAGAAGUAUCUUCUGGGUACAACAACUCUUCCACAACUCCCUUUGAAUCAUUUUCUUUGAAGCCUCUCAAAGAUGCAGGAGAAAGAGGAAUAGAGGUUGUGGGUGAAGAUGGUCUUGUAUGCCUAUGUCUCAACCUCAUUCAUGUGGACAGCUCAGAUAUAUGA